AUGGAUUUUUGUUGUAGCAGCACUUCAGUUGUAGAUCCCUUUAGAGGUGGUGAAUUAAUGGAAGCACUUGAACCUUUUAUGAAAAGUGCUUCCUCCACUCCUCUUUCUCCUCCUUCCAAUCUCGCUUCUUCUUCUUCCUCCUCCUCCUCUUCUUCUUCUUCUCCUCCUUCUACCUCCAGUUCUUAUCCCUACAAUUCUUGCUAUUACCCAACAGAGGCUAAUUUCCAGCCCAAUAUGAACUUGGAUGGUGGGAGCUUUGUGUAUCAACAGCCUCGUUCAAUUGGGCUCAACCACCUUACCCAAGCCCAGAUCCAAGAAAUCCAAGCACGGAUAAAUCUCCAAAACCACGGACAAAUGGCCUCCGGCCCAUUUCACAGACAGGCCCAUAACAUGAACUUAUUGGGCCCAAAGCCUGUUCCGAUGAAACAAGUGGGCUCUUCUUCUAAGCCCACUAAGCUAUACAGGGGAGUGAGGCAGCGCCACUGGGGGAAGUGGGUGGCUGAGAUCCGUUUGCCAAAGAACCGAACUCGGCUUUGGCUUGGCACAUUUGACACGGCGGAGGAGGCGGCGUUGGCCUACGACAAGGCAGCGUAUAAGCUUCGUGGAGACUUUGCUAGGCUGAACUUCCCUCAUCUACGCCACAACGGAUCCCACAUCGGCGGCGAGUUUGGGGAGUACAAGCCACUCCAUGCCAGCGUCGACGCCAAAUUGCAGGUUAUUUGCCAAAACCUAGCUGAGGGCAAGAGCAUAGACUCCAAGAAGUCCAAAGGAAGGUCCAAAAAAUGGGCACCAGCCGUGGAGGCCCCUGCAGAAGAAAGUUCCACCAAGAAUGUUGUUGAACCCGCAUCUGAGAGUGAAGGGUCGGGUGGGUCAUCACCUGUCUCGGAUCUAACAUUCCUGGAUUUCACAGAAGAGGAUUCGCCAUGGGACAUGAAUUCAUUGGAGAAAUAUCCAUCAUAUGAAAUUGAUUGGUCGGCUUUAUAA